AUGAUCAGAUGUCCCAUAUGCCAGAAACAUGUUGUUCUGUCCAACGUCAACGAACACCUCGAUUCUGGCUGUCGAGCAUUCAUCGCAACCCACCUACAGUGUAGAGCAUCAUCUACUCUCAUCGAAAAUGACUGCGAGCAACAUGAGAGUUGCACCAGCCCUCAAGAAACAACGGAACAACAUCAGCUGAAAGAUGGCUACAAGUCAACGGUCCCACUCGCUGUUAACAGUAUGUUAAAAAGAGCCGUCCCUCAGCAGGAGUCCAACACCGCGCGAAAGAAGCCAGAUAUCGGGCCAUCAUCGACUGAGCUUGAAACGAAGCGACUAAAUCUUCGUGAUGCACCUUUAGCUGAGCAUGUCCGGCCGCGGUGCUUCAAUGAAAUCGUCGGUCAGGAAUCCUUGAUUGGGCCAAAUGGUACACUCAGGCGGUUGAUUGAACAGGAUAAUCUUCCGAAUCUGAUUUUGUGGGGGCCCCCAGGAAGCGGCAAAACUACAAUUGCCAGGAUCAUCGCGCCUAUAAUGAGGAGAAAUAUCUACGAGAUUAGUAGCUUGACUACGACGACGACAGAAUACAAAAGCACCGUCACCAAGGCUACACAGGAUGUGCAAGACGAUCGGAAGAAAUCCAUUGUGUUUUGUGACGAGAUACAUCGAAUCACGCGUCCGCAACAAGAUAUAUUUCUCGAUGCUAUUCGAAGAAAUAACAUUACUCUCAUCGGUGCGACGACAGAGAAUCCAUCAUUGAAUAUUCGCCAUGCUCUUGUCUACAAAUGCAGGAUUUUCACUGUCACGAAGCCAACCACCAAUGAUAUAGCGGCUAUCCUUCGUCGUUCGGUGGAAUCACAGAGCCUGAAGUCAUCCCCGCUUCUGGAUGAUGAAUUCCUUCAAUACAUAGCCGGCUUCGCUGAUGGUGACAGUAGAAUCGCACUGAACGUUCUGGAGAUAGCUGCGGAUCUAUGCAGGCGACCGAACAUGACCAAGGAGAAGUUGAAGCAUUCAUUGACCAAGAGUUUACUUUACGACCGUUCGGGAGAUCAGCACUAUGACACCAUUUCGGCAUUCCACAAGUCAAUUCGAGGCAGUGAUCCCGAUGCUGCGUUAUAUUACCUUGUUCGAAUGCUCCAGUCAGGCGAGAACCCUUUAUUCAUCGCUCGCCGUCUUAUUGUGGCGACCUCGGAAGACAUUGGACUUGCCAAUAAUGCCUUGCAAACAUAUGCAACCUCAGUCUACUUGAUGAUUGAGAAACUAGGGAUCAAAGACACACAGUCUGCUCUGGCUCAACUCGUUAUAACAAUGUGUUUGUCAAAAAAGAGCACUCGAUCCUAUCGUGGCCUGAAUAAUGCUCUUGCUGCAUUGAAAGAGCCUGGGAUGAGCGACGUACAAGUUCCCUUCCACCUCUUGGAUCGUAGGCCUGAGCUUCUGAGAGAGGCUGCCCGGGUCAUGACCACUGACUGCAAACAAAACCAAGAGAGGCUUCAAACCACCCAGGACUUCCUUCCAGAUCCUCUUAAAGGACGAAAAUUUUUGGAAGACACUGAUUUUCUAUUUAAACGAGAUCCCGAUCUAAGUUAUCCGUGA